AUGGCCGCCUCCUUUCAGUUCGCGCCGCUGCUGUCGGUUGCCCUCGCCGAUGUGUUCCCGGUUGCCCCGUUGCCAGCAUCUCCCAUCCACGACGCUCCCCUCUGCUCGUCUUCUUGCUACCCCCUGCAAGCCUGCGUCGCCAUGGUCCAUGGCAUCGACGCCGGCGAACUCCUCGCCCCCGGACGACUCUCCAUGUCUCCUCCAUCUUCGCGCAUGCCUCCCGCCUCGCUGCCACUGCAUCGCUGCCGCCGCCAGAUGUGA